AUGCCUGGGAGGCUCCGGCUGGAUGUGGAACGUGGCAGUGACUAUUUGAGGAGGGUGUCUAAGGAGAGGGAGAGGAGAGCUGAGGCACAGAAACUGAGGGAAUUGGAAAGGGAGGCGGAAGAGCUGGCUCCGUGUACCUUCAAGCCGGCUAUUAAUAAGGCACCACAACGUGGGAAGGAGAAGUUACGGCAGCAUGAUGGAAACGAACAAGACAUGAACAUGAGUAUAUUACAAGUUGACUGUGCUGCCAGAAGUGCUGAGUUCAACGCCACUAUUGGCAACGUUGUCAUCUAUAAGGCCGAUGUCCUCAUGUUCCAUGUUAAAGAAGGGGAGCUCACUAGGGUGUAG